AUGGGCGACGCGGUUCCUAGAUCCGUCGUGGGGCUUUGCGAUAGAUACGCGUUACAGUGGCUCGUUGUAUUUCCGUUGGAAAUCGUCGCUGCAUCUCUAGCGAUCCGAUACUGGACCGACCAGCUGCCUAGUGGCGUCUCAGUGACCCUCUUCCUAGUUACUAUCAUAGCGAUCAACCUGUUUGGCGUCAAGGGGUACGGUGAAGCUGAAUUUGCGUUCUCUAUCAUUAAAGUUACCGCCAUUAUCGGGUUCAUCCUUCUCGGAGUUGUACUGAACUGCGGAGGUCCCCCCGAUCGUGGCUAUGUCGGCACCGAGUUCUGGCAUGAUCCAGGCGCGUUUAAUAAUGGUUUCAAGGGUCUGUGUACUGUGCUCAUCACAGCCACCUUCGCCUUUGGCGGCACGGAGCUUAUUGGUCUGGCCGCCGCGGAAACUGAGAACCCGCGGAAAUCACUCCCAACGGCAAUCAAGCAGGUAUUUUGGCGAAUCGCAUUAUUUUAUAUCAUUGCAUUGACGUUAGUGGGUCUCUUGGUCCGCUCCGAUGACCAACGGCUCAUUGACGCGACUAGCAAUGCAGAUGCAAAUGCCUCGCCUUUCGUUAUUGCCAUUGAGGACGCCGGCAUACAGGUGCUUCCAUCCGUCAUGAACUCCGUUAUCCUUAUUUCCGUCUUAUCGGUUGGAAAUUCCGCCGUUUUUGGAUCCUCACGAACGCUAGUCGCCUUAGCCAAGCUACACCAAGCACCGAAGAUCCUUGGCUACGUUGACAGAAAGGGCAGACCAUUGGUCGCUAUCGCACUGGCCGCGGCGUUUGGCCUACUCGCUUACCUUGCCAACCUUAACCAGAGAAACGCCGUUCUUGACUGGCUUCUUGCUAUUUCGGGUCUUUCGUUUGUCUUCAUAUGGGCGUCCAUUUGCCUCUGCCAUAUCCGCUUCCGACAAGCAUGGGCGUACCGCGGACGCAGCUUGGAAUCUAUCCCUUGUCGGUCCCAGAUCGGCGUUAUGGGCUCAUAUGUUGGCCUGGCAUUAAGCCUCUGUAUUCUUGUCGCGCAGUUUUGGGUCGGUGCCUUCCCUAUAGGCUGGGAAAGUAUGAGUUCAAGCAAUGUGGCGCAGAACUUUUUCCUAAAGUACAUGGGAGUUCCUAUUAUCACACUGCUUUAUGUCUCGCACAAGCUGAUGCUCAGGACAACGUACGUCAGGGUAUGUGAAAUGGAUGUUGAUACCGGACGAAAGGGCUUCGAUCUUCCGAUAUUGGUGGAGCAAGAAAAGGAGGAGCGUGCAGCAUGGCCCACGUGGAAGAAGCUUUACAAGUUCAUAUGUUAA